GUAUAGUCUAUAGGCUAUGGUAUUGAACUAAAGUACCAUGUAUCUUCUAGCUAAAGCUACACUCAACAUCAAAUAAACCGCACCUUCCGCGACGCGAACUUUAAAGAUUUUCUUCUGACACAAUCAUGGUACCCCAACAAUAUUGGUGUUAUUUGAAAGCCCAAUAAAUAUCCUUAAAGAAAAAUACAUUUAAUUUCUUAAUAAAUGAUUAACAUAUACCAUAAAUGUGACUUGAAAAAAUACCUCACUUUGGGCCCACCUAUGGGAUCAAUUAGACCAAUUUUGAUGGUUAUAAAACCAAAUAAUGAUUUCACGUGUCCUCUUUAACAGCUGAUGGAUAGCAAUUAAACCCAACUUAACAGUUUUAUAGCCAUAAAAGUUGGCUCUAGCGUAACUACCUAUUUUUUGAAGAAAUGACUCUGGAUCCUUCUAAAGACACAUUUUUGGGGUAAAAACCUUUCCUUUAAUGAAAUGAAGUUUAGAACUAGGCUUUCAAAUGGUACCAAUGUUGGUGGGAAGUGGGGAUGCUGCAUACGUUUGAUAAGUGCUUGUCGCGGGAGGUGCGAUUUAUUUGAUGCCGAGUGUAUAAGCGCGCGGGCGCAAAAUGGAACGCGCUUUGUAUUUGACCAUUGCCGCCAUUAUUUUUGCUUUGCUAGUCUCUGUCAGUGUCAACUUACAUAUUAUUUAAUUAAGCAUAACUAUGACCAAAUGUUCUUCUUCUUUUUUGAUGAUGUUGGCAAUACACCAAUGUACGUUAAUUUUAUAUACCCGAAUUGUGUUAAAAUUACAGAUUUCGGUUUAGCAAAACUGUUAGAUAUAAACGAAGACGAGUACAAAGCGGCUGGAGGCAAAAUGCCCAUCAAAUGGUUAGCGUUGGAAUGCAUUCAGCAUAGGAUAUUUACGCACAAGAGUGACGUUUGGGCUUUCGGUGUCACGAUAUGGGAAAUACUAAGCUAUGGCGCUCGCCCAUACGAGAACAUAUCGGCACGGAAUGUGCCAGAAUUAAUUGAAAAUGGCCUAAAAUUACCACAACCGGGCAUAUGCACGUUGGACAUUUACUGCAUAAUGGUCUCAUGUUGGAUGUUGGACGCCGACAGUAGACCGACAUUCAAGCAGCUGGCUGACACCUUUGCGGAAAUGGCGAGAGAUCCGGGCAGAUAUCUCGUUAUUCCAGGAGAUAAAUUCAUGCGUCUCCCGUCCUACUCUACUCAGGAUGAGAAGGAGUUAAUAAGGAACUUAUCCUCAGCCAUGGAAGGUCCCGAACCACUCGUUGAAGCAGACGAAUAUCUGCAACCCAAGUUCCAAACGGUUCCUGGUACCGCUACUACGUCAGUAGUCAGUGUCGGGAUAGAGACACAAACGAGCUCUCUUAAACCGUGCACAUCAUCUUCGUGGGCUAACAAUGUCACAAGCCCAGAUGGCGUGACCACAGACGGUUCCAACAAACCUGAAACGUGGGACCACGAGUUGCUAAGAUACAACCAAACCAACCCAGAUGGCUCAGAACUACGACACUACUACAACCACGGCGUAUGUGCCUCAGACAGCUCCAGCUCAAGGUAUUGCAGCGACCCUAUGAAGGUCCGCGCGGAGUGCACUUUAGAAGCUAACUUCGACGCCAUGUCGAAAGCUAAAGAAGCACAAGUGGGGAACCUGAAGUUGAAUUUGCCACUGGACGAGGACGAUUAUUUGAUGCCUUCGCCACAGCACAAUCAGAACGCAUCGACGUAUAUGGACUUGAUAGGGGAGGGCGGGGAAAUUGAGGAAGGUCAAGACGAGAAGGAGUUGCGUUAUAGCAGUUUCGUGGGACCGAAGCGGUGUGUGGAUAACCCGGAGUACUUGAUGUCGGAGGAGAACGUGCCGGCGCAGACUCUGGGUAUACGUAACGCGUUCUUCCCGCAUAUCUUGAAAGAGAACACUCCUGGGCUUCUGUUCACUUGCUGAAGAAAGAAUUUUCGUAAGACUUUCGUCAACCACUUAAUGACAUCAGUAAGAAUACCCAAAAGCGUGCUUCAGGAUUUUGUGGUUAAUUUGAAGAUCCUUUUAUCUACAGAUGAGUGGGUGAGUCUCUUUUACAACGCAUUCUUCCCGCAGAACUUGAAAAUUAACACUCCUGGGCUUUUGUUCAGCAGUGUGCUAUAUGGAAAUUGACGAAAACCUAUUUGACAUAAGUUACCUUCGAAGUAACAAUGUAUGAAAGUUAUCACAUCUCACACAAGAUAGCCGAAAUCAUAUGUCACCUGGUGUUUACUGCGCAGGCGGUCGCAGAAGAGUGGGUGAGUCUGUUUUACAACGCGUUCUUCCUGCAUAUCUCGAAAGAGAACACUCCUGGGCUUCAGUUCAUUUGCUGAAGAGAACAUUUUCGUAAGACUUUCGUUAACCACUUGAUAUCGUCUGCGAGAGUCGAGUCCUAGUUUUAUAGACAAUUUCCUCACCAGAAGAGUCUUACAUGGAAAUUGACGCAAAUCUGUUCGACAUAAGUUACCUUCGAAGUAACAAUGUAUGGAAGAUAUCACAUAUCACACAAGACAGCCGAAAUCAUAUGUCACCUGGUUUUUACUGCGCAGGCGGUCGCAGAAGAGUGGGUGAGUCUGUUUUACAACGCGUUCUUCCCGCAUAUCUUGAAAGAGAACACU